CCCCCAUCAUUCCUAUCAGAAGUGCUGCUGCUGCUGCUGCUGCUGCUGCUAGGGUCCUGUAACUCUCUCUCUCUCUCUCUCUCCUCCUCCUCCUCCUCCUCCCAUCUCUCCCACUUUUUGAUGGAGGGGGGUGCAGCAGUGAAGUCACAGUGAUGUCAUUCUAGGAUGUGAGAGUCAAGGUGAGCUGGUUGUUUGCGGUGUGUCCCCUCCACAGACCAGCCUGUACAGAGGCUCGGAGCGGCGAAAGAUGAUCAUCAGCACCGGCACCAAUUCAAGCUCGCUCUGUCUCUCUCCAUCUCCUCCUCUUCCUCCUCUUCCUCCUGCUGCUGCUGCUCAGAUCUCAGGCUAUGGGGCCCUGGUCUGCCUUGAUCCCAACAUAAGCCUUCACCACCACCACCAUGCCAAAGGACAAAACAUAAGAAGAGUUGCAUUUUUAGAUGCAGGUAACUUUGUGCCCCAAAGGUAAACUGGAUGGCCAAUGCGCAAAGGUGCGUCUCCAGCAUGUCCAGGACGCACUGGAUCUUCUCAGUUCUUGUACUGUGGACUUCUCUCUGGGGGAUUGCUUCAUCUUAUCCGGUUCCGAGCAGGACUAAUGCGACUUUAAUGCUGGAGAAGAAGUGGGAGACGCUCUUCUCACGCUCCUAUCUGGGUAUAGCUGGGGGGAAAUCGGAGCUGAACUGGGAGAGUGACUAUUUGCAGGGCAUCAAAAGAGUGCGAAGACUGUACUGCAACGUGGGCAUUGGGUUUCACCUGCAGGUGCUCCAGGAUGGCAGGAUAAGCGGUGUGCACAGUGAGAACCAAUACAGUCUAAUAGAGAUCUCCACCGUGGACCGAGGAGUGAUCAGCAUGUUCGGGGUGAGGAGUGAGCUGUUUGUCGCAAUGAACAGCAGAGGAAGGUUAUAUGGAACGAGAGUCUUCGUGGACGAGUGCAAGUUCAAGGAGACUUUGCUGCCCAACAACUACAACGCCUAUGAGUCUUUUGUUUACAAGGGCUUCUACAUCGCCCUCAGCAAGCAUGGCCGCGCAAAGAGAGGCAACAAGGCCACCACCGCCAUGACCGUCACACACUUCCUCCCGCGACUAUGAGAGAAACUGGCAAUAACUCAGUAAUUUGCACAUGUGGAUGUUCUUCCAGGUAAUAUAGAAACGCAUAGUCACGAUAUACACACCGAUGGACUGCGAAAGAAAACACAAAUAUUUAUUCUGUUUAUAUAUAUAUGUAUAUUUGGAUAGCUAUCUUUGUAUAUGUUCUGUGCUGCUUGUUGUUUUUAUGGACGGGGAGAGUUGAAGCCUUUGCCUGUCUCACUUUACCUUGGUGCUUGCUGUAACUGAACUACGUGUCACUUCCUUUUUUGAGAUGGAGGAUGAGCUAUAUCCUGUGCUUUUAAAGAGUGAAAUGAAUACUUUUUAUUACCUCAAAGAACCACUUUACUAGAUGAAGGGAUGCAUGGACUUCUGCUCAAAUAUCUGCUAAGUUUAUGAUUUCUUUCAAACCUUUUUGAGCGCUUGAUGGCUCCCUGCUCGAUUAUCGAUGUCCGGCAGUGGGAGGAAACUUAAAUGCACUACCUUUGCUGCACGAAUUUAAAGGUGCCUUGGUGUUCCCACUUGUGGCCCCCUUAAACUUGCAUGUAAGAGACACCGCUGGAGUCAGAAAUAGGGCUGACACUCCGGAGAGGGCCUCAGAAGGGAGGGAGGGGGGUUGGCUAUCUCUGGUUUAUUUUCUUUUCUGUAAUUAGAUCGAUUAAGUAAUAUACAGUCUGUGGUUGAGACCAGAGAGCGGUCAGCCAUGGAUGGUGGCACCGGGCCAUAAGUUUGACUGUGUGUCUAAUAAACAGGGUGGAAUACUUAUCUAUCUGAGCAUGGAGGGAGUUUUGGCUUGCACAAGGAUCAACUGAAGCGAGCGCACAGUGGAAAUGUACCUGCACAUUGUCUUGGACAGAGCUCCUACAGUAAAGCAGCUUUUGAAUCGCAAAGCUUUAGCUGCUGUUGAAAAAUGAUGUCCACUGAAAAACGAUGUAAAUAGUCGCAAAUGUUAAAAAAGAAGAAUUCAGGAGCUUUUUAAAACGCUGCUUUGUCGCAGUUGCCUGAACGAGGCAAAAAGAGUUCAGGUUGCACUGUUAGCCAUCGAUGAUGGUGCCUGAAUGUGUUUGGUGAGAAAUCGUUCCCACGUUUGUUUCUUUGAAUUGAUCUUUUUUUUAUGUGGAGUUUUGGUGGAGUGUGUGCCCCCGGGCCAUUUCCCCCGCUUGUCUGUGUGCUCUGCAGCAGCACUGCAGUGGCAGCGAGGUGUUGGGAGCUGGAGGCUGGUAGUUUUAAAUGCAAUUAGGGAGGAGUCAAUCACGUUUCCCCUGAAGGACUAAAGGACAGUGCAGUUGGCGGACUGGAUGCACGCUAUAAGAAAUGUCAUUUCUGUUGAUUUUUAGCCUGAUUUUACGUGAGCAAAACGUGAGCAUAGAAGCACCUUCUUAAUAUAUAAUACAGUAUUCAUAGAAGUAUUGGUAUGCAUAGUGGCCAUUUGUUCACAAAGCUGAAGAUGUACCAUGCUUAAUACACUCAUUGUGGAUCAAUUUAUAGUUAAUUAGGGCUGCAACUAAUGAUUAUUUUCAUUGCCGAUUAUUUUAUCGAUUAAUCGAUUAGUCUGUUUGGUCUAUAAAAUGUCCGAAAAUGGUGAAAAAUGACGAUCAGUGUU